CAUUAUCGAACAUACACACUCUGUGUAACAACAUAUUGUGUUCGCUUUGUCACCUGUUUGAAGUAGAAAAACGGGAAAAACUAUAAUUGAAAGAUCGGCAUCCUUACUACUAUAUUUUCAGUAUAUUUUAAUAUUAGAUAAAAUCGAAUUUAUUUUAUCAAAAAAAUGGCGAAUGACGAUAUGGCGCUAAAUACGCUUAUAGAUUUAGGCAUAAAGAAAGAUAGAGUUGAAAAAGCACUGGCUGCAUCCGGCAACCGAUGUCCGAUUAAAGCAAUGGAAUGGUUAAUAUCUCAUGCAAAAGACCCGUAUUUAGACAGUGACAACCUGAAACGAGAAUAUACUCUAGUGGCUGUACCAGCUGGCGCAUUCGGUGAGCAAUUGUCAACUUUUUGGUGCGAUUCAAGAGAGUUGUGUGAUUUUAGCUUGGCGCAAAACCGAUUCCCUCACAUAUCAAUUGUCGAUUUUUUCACGAUACGUGCCGAUAAGGAUUUGCAAUUGAGAGAAGCUGUUAUUAAAACGGUUAAUGAAAUGAACGAUUUUAAUCGUGGUAUUCGUCUAAAAAGAGGAGAGAAGGUUGGAGCAUACAUUGGUUAUGACCUUGAAGAAAAUGACGAACAAUUUUUUCGAAGAAUUGGAAAUAAAUUUAUUGAUAUUGUGCGUGCAAUUUUACCAACUGAGAGUCCUCAGCCAGAAGUCAGUAAGCUUCUUUGUAUUUCCAAGUUCAAAACAACACAGUCUAGUUCAACAAUCGCAAAAUUAGAUGAACCGAAAGAAUUUCACAUGACCAUACCUUGCAGUUAUAAGAAGCCAACGCUUAAUAGUUCCAUCAGCAGACUUGAAAUAAAUGAUGCGACCGAAUGGGAUUUGCGGCUUUAUUCACGUGAUAAACGACUCUAUUCAAUUGAAGAUGAAAGUCAAAUAUUCCGAGCACAUCAAGCGCACAAAGCUCAUAAUUCAGGAGAUCUUAGUUUUGGUAUUGGAGAUUAUUUUUCGGCUUCAACAAAAGAUGUAGAGGCCGGUACAAAAAAUAAAAUAAUGGACGAACAAUUAAUUUGGGGUGUUUCUAUUACAACCGGUUCUAGAGGAAAUUUCCCUAUUAGAUAUGUGGAACGUGUGCCAGAAUCUGAUUGUUGGGUAUUGCACACAAACGUUCCAUUUAUUGGCUCCGGCAUAAACUGUGCAGAAAAUAUCAUUCGGUCGUCGAAUAUUCGACGAGAACCAAGAGAAUCGUUAGAAGAUUGUGCCAGAGAAUUCAUUGAAUCCGAAAAAAGAAUGAUUGCAUGGGAUCCAACGUUAGGAAAUAUAUUCCCAGUACUCAGUUCAACGCAAAAAAUAUUCAUUAUGCGGCACGGUGAACGGGUUGACUAUUCAUUUCCACAAUGGACAAAAUUCUGUAUCACGUCAAAUGGUUACCAACGACUAGAUUUGAAUCUACCGGCAGUUUUGCCAGACAGAAGACACGAGAUAAACUCCCGCCAAACGUGGAAACAUGAUUCUCCUUUAACAAAUCAGGGUUGGAAUCAAGCACGUUUGACAGGUGAUAUGCUUAAUAUGGCGAAAAUUACUAUUGAUUACGUUUACUGUUCACCAGCAUUUCGUUGCAUACAGAGUGCGGCGGCAUUACUUGAAGGUUUAAAAGCACAAAAAAAUGUAAAAAUUCGCAUCGAACCAGCAUUAUUUGAAUGGUGUAAUUCGAGUAGAAAAAUACCAACCUUUCUAACGUAUGAGGAACUCUUAUUGGCUCAAUACAACAUUGACGAAACCUAUGUUCCGGUUGUGCGUAUUGAAGAUCUAAAGCAUGAAACACUUCCUGAACUGUAUGCACGAAAUAGCAAAAUAUCCGAAGAGCUAAGCAAAAUAUUAAACGAAAAUAUAUUCAUUGUGGGGCAUGCAGUCAAUUUAGAAACAAACAGUCAACCUUUGUUGGGAACGAAUCCCAUAUUAUCUUUGGAGAAACUUAAAGAGCUGAUGAAAAAAGUUAGUUAUGUUAGUAUGCUGACACUGGAAAAAAUGGGAAAUCGUGAAUGGAGAGUGUCGCCAGCUGUAUUGCCAUUAACACACGGCCGAAACUUUCAGUUCGAUUGGAUAACAUUUACAGAUCGAACUUUGUAGAGUUUAAAAUGUUAAAUUACUUUAAUAAAUAAAUUCAUUGUGUAUUUGAAAAAAAAAUCGAUAAAAUCGACGAA